AUGGUCUUUAGCAAGAGUGUCGCCGUUGCGGCGGCAGUCUCAGCCGUCUUUCCUUUGGUGCAUGCUUUCAACGCCCAGUCGAAGUCCAAUGUUGCAGUCUACUAUGGUCAAGGGUAUAACCAGCCCCGCCUCAGCCAUUUCUGUCAAGAGACCGCACUAGAUAUCAUCAACAUUGGAUUUGUCAAUGGAUUUCCUGAUCAGAGCCCUGCCAAUUGGCCUGGCAGUAACUUUGGCAACCAAUGUGAUGGACUGACCUAUGACGUUGGUGGAGUCAAGACCGACUUGCUCUCGGGCUGCCAUCAGAUCAUGGAAGAUAUUCCCAUCUGCCAGGCAGCCGGCAAAAAGGUUCUAUUGUCUAUAGGGGGUUCUACCCCCGACAAUCAGGAACUCCUCUCGACAGAAAGUGCUAUCGGAUUUGCCGAAUUUCUCUGGGCAUCCUUCGGCCCCGUGGAUGAUACUUGGGUGGCAUGGGGCGGUCCCCGUCCGUUCGGCAACGUAUCCGUCGACGGAUUUGACUUCGACAUAGAGCACAACGGUGGUUUUGGGUACGGAGCUAUGGUCACCCGCUUUCGUGAGCUUUUUGCCGAAAUACCUGAUCAAAAGUUUUACCUAUCCGGGUCCCCUCAAUGCCAUAUACCCGAUAAGCAACUGAGCCUCGCAAUCGCAACAUCCGCAUUUGACUUUGUCUGGGUGCAGUUUUACAAUAAUGAUGAUUGCUCCGCUCGUAACUUCGUUGCUGGGGAGGGUUUCAACUUUGACGCUUGGGUCGACAUUAUCAAAUUCGGCGGUAACCCAGCUGCAAAGCUCUUCGUCGGCCUGCCUGGCAGUGAAGCUGCGGCGCUUGACGGGUACUACUUGACUCCUGAUGAGGUCAAGCCUUUGGUCAAAAAAUACAUGAAGCUGUAUCCUGAUACAUUCGGAGGUAUCAUGGUUUGGGAGGCGACCCAGUCUGACCGAAACCAGAUCAACGGGACUAGCUACGCAGGCAACAUGAAGAGAAUCCUGACUGAAUUGGAUCCUACGCCUCCCGCUCCGACAACCUCACCGUCCAGCUCCACCAUCGCAUCAAGCACUCCCAUUUUGUCGAGUACUCCAGUCAUUCCUGGAACACCAACGCCGUCAAGCACCCCUGCUCAGUCCAGCUCGCUAGCCUCUUCUUCAACCCCGUUGACAUCUAGCACACCUGGCCAUUCAAGCUCUCUUAUCGCAUCAAGCACUCCCAUUAAGUCCAGCACUCCUGUCCAGUCGAGAACCCUUAUUGGAUCCAGUAGCCCUGCUCGGUCCAGCAUGCCUGUCCAGUCUAGUACUCCAGUUCAUUCAAGCACUCCUAUUGUGCCAAGCAGUGCUGUCCAGUCCAGUACUCCAGAUCACUCGAGCACCCCUAUUGUGUCCAGCAGCCCUGUCCGGUCUAGCACUCCCGUUCACUCUAGUGUAUCAACUCACUCAACAACAGCAUCCGAAAACCACUCGUCUACUAAGCCGCGUGUGUCGACAACAUCCAACCCAACUGGUACCCCGGCAUCCUCCACUGUGCCUGCACCAUCUACUGCUUCUACUUCAGACUCGUCGAGCACCUCCACUACCAAUCCAAACCAAACAGGUCAAUCCAGCCCUAUCCUGUCGCACACUUCUCAUAGUGCUACUGCCUCCUCGUCGGCCCAAGCAGCUAACCCGACCACAUCAACGGGCGCGGAGCCGGACAGCGGAGACGGAACAGUUACUAGUACGGUUACUUCCGGAAUAGCGACCCCUUCCGUCAUACCUACCGGUACUCCCUCGGAGCCUCUCACUGUCACAACUGUUAUCGUCACCUCGUACAUUGAUAUCUGUCCCACGGGGUUCACAACGAUCACCACGACUUAUACCACGACGUACUGCCCUGGAACAGUAUCCGCAACCGCUACAGCCACGAACAUCCCCUCUGGACCGGGGUCACAGACCGCUAUCCCUACUCCCCCUGAGGGAUGGACCUCAACUGUGACUGUCUGUACGCACUGUGCUCCAACGCCAACCACGGUGACUCUUACUCUACCAGUGACCACAACUACUGAACCUGUCAGUGUGCCAGCCCAGCAGACCACUAAUGUUCCACCUGCUGAGGACUGGACCACAACAGUCACUGUCUGUACGGAGUGCGCAUCGACGCCAACUACUUUGACACUUACUGUGCCUGCCACGGGAGCUGGCUCUAACCCCGUCAACCCUAUCAGCACCAUCGCUGUUGGGCAAAUUAGCAGCUCAUCCGGACGCGAGAGCUCCGUUAUCCCCGUAGUUACAAAUACUGUCACCAGCCACAGCCAGAGCCUUUCGAAGACUUCUGUGAUUGCUGGAACAGGCAGUGUACAUCCGUCGUCCUCAACCUUGGCUGUCAGACCCUCGACCAGUGGAUCACGAGUCCCCGUGGCUCCUAGCGAGACGCAGGAUAAUGUGUCGCCCAUAUUCACGGGUGUUGCAUCGCAGCCUGUUAGACUCGGCCACGGAGCUGCUACUCUCCUCGCUCUUGUUUUGGCUGUAAUCCUUUUGAUGUGA